UCAUAUCGGUGUUUUGUACUCCGAUUGAGCAUUAUCUCCUGGAAUAUCAUCUGAAGGCGCAGCCGGUGGAUUCUUGGUUGGGAAUGGCGAGGAUGGGCAGAAUCGCGUAAGAUAGACCGUGUGGAAUAUUGGAAUCACACAAUUUGGUUCUCAGUUGCCUAUUUGCGUGCUUCGUACGGUCUAUCCCACGCCAAUCUGCAGAUUCCUCUAAUAUCUCACACGCUCGAGGGUUUUGCUCUACUUUAGCAUCAUACAAGAAGAAUCCACCGCACGUUUAAAUAUUUGAAAAUCAAAGCACCUGUAAAAGAAUGGACGAUAAGAGCAGCAGCAUGUUAACCGGGACUGCUGACACCCUGGAGGAUACAAAACCUUCGUACUGGCUGGAUGCGUGCGAGGACAUCUCUUGCGAUGAUCUAAUUCCUGGCGAAUUCCCUCCUGUUGGUCUCUCAAAUUUGCAAGAUACGAGCUUGGAUCCUUGUUUCUUUGAUGGUAUCCUUGAUAGUAUCCCAACAAAUGCUAACAUCGUUGAUGCUCAACUCACACUGCCAUCUGCCAUAAAAGUAGAAGAAGAUACUGUUGCCUCGUUACUGGAUGCUUCUGGUGUGUCCAAUGGGUUAUCCGAUGGUAAUAAUGGGAAUAGUUUCAAGAAAAGUAGUCGUCCUCACCCCCACAAGCAUCGCGGAUGUGAUGAUGAGCAAGAAAGAUUUGGGAAAAGGGCUCGCAUUGAUGGUGGCAGGCAUCUGCAUCUGCAUCUUAAGGAAAGAGAAAGAGAAAGACCUAGUUGUAGGAAGAGGGCCCGUGAUUAUGAAGAGAAAGACAGAAGGGAUAAUAGUAGUAAUAGAAGUUCAAUCAGGAGAAAAGAACAACAGUAUGGUAGUAAUGGUAGAAGGGGAAAUAGGGAGAUGGAUUGGAGGGAAGGAAGGGGUUAUUGGGAGAGGGACAGAUUGGGAACCAAUGACAUGGUUUUUCGUCCAGGUUCUUGGGAGUCUGGCUGUAACAGAGAUAUCAAGCCUCCUGUUGACAAAAACCUUCAAGGAGAGUUAAAAAAAGACAACGAUGAUGAUAAUUCCAAGAAAAAAGUACCAAAAGAGCAUGCUCGCAAGUAUCAGCUGGAUGUUCUUGAACAAGCUAAAAACAAAAACACCAUAGCCUUCUUAGAGACAGGGGCAGGGAAGACCCUCAUUGCUGUCCUCCUUAUAAAAAGUGUGUGUAAUGAUUUGCAUAGACAAGGAAAGAAGAUGCUGGCUGUGUUUUUGGUUCCAAAGGUGCCACUUGUUUAUCAGCAAGCAGAAGUUAUCCGUGAUCAGACUGGCUAUCAAGUAGGUCACUAUUGUGGUGAGAUGGGUCAAGAUUUUUGGGAUGCUAGGAGGUGGCAACGUGAAUUUGAGAAGAAACAGGUUCUAGUUAUGACUGCUCAAAUUCUUUUAAAUAUUCUGAGACACAGCAUUAUCAAAAUGGAAGCAAUAAAUUUACUUAUUCUAGAUGAGUGCCACCAUGCUGUGAAGAAGCAUCCAUACUCUUUGGUGAUGUCGGAGUUCUAUCACACCACAGCCAAGGAGAAAAGGCCAUCUGUUUUUGGAAUGACUGCCUCUCCUGUUAACCUAAAGGGGGUGUCUAGCCAAGUGGAUUGUGCAAUCAAGAUCCGUAAUCUUGAAACAAAACUGGACUCUGUUGUGUGUACCAUUAAAGACCGCAAGGAGCUGGAAAAACAUGUUCCGAUGCCAAUAGAAACGGUAGUUGAGUAUGAUAAAGCAGCUAGUUUAUGGUCAUUACAUGAGCAAAUUAAGCAAAUGGAAGUUGAAGUUGAGCAAGCUGCACAAUCAAGUUCAAGAAGAAGCAAGUGGCAGUUUAUGGGGGCAAGAGAUGCUGGUGCUAAAGAGGAGCUUCGCCAGGUGUACGGUGUGUCUGAAAGAACAGAAGGGGACGGGGCUGCAAAUUUAAUUCAAAAACUCAGGGCUAUUAACUAUGCCCUUGGUGAACUAGGACAGUGGUGUGCUUACAAGGUUGCACAGUCGUUUUUGACAGCCUUGCAAAGUGAUGAAAGGGCAAAUUUCCAGCUGGAUAUUAAGUUUCAAGAAUCCUACCUGAGUAAAGUCGUUUCUCUAUUACAAUGCCAGCUGUCGGAGGGAGCAGUGUUACAAAGCAGCAAUUGUGAAGUUGAUGAGGUGGCGAGCUGUCCUGAUGAGAUUGAGGAAGGGGAGCUUCCUGACAGCCAUGUGGUGUCUGGGGGAGAGCAUGUGGAUGUGGUUAUAGGAGCUGCUGUGGCAGAUGGAAAAGUGACUCCAAAAGUCCAGUCGCUGAUCCAGAUACUUCUCAAGUACCAGCACACGGAGGAUUUCCGUGCCAUCAUAUUUGUUGAGCGCGUUGUGGCUGCCCUUGUUCUUCCAAAGGUUUUCGCAGAGCUUCCUUCUCUAAAAUUUAUCAAUUCAGCAAGUCUGAUAGGGCACAAUAACAGUCAAGAAAUGCGGACUUCCCAAAUGCAGGACACCAUAUCCAAAUUCAGAGAUGGCCGUGUGACCCUUUUAGUUGCCACCAGUGUAGCUGAGGAAGGUCUUGAUAUUCGGCAGUGUAAUGUUGUUAUCCGGUUUGACCUUGCUAAAACCGUAUUGGCAUAUAUCCAAUCUCGGGGCAGGGCCAGAAAGCCAGGCUCAGAUUACAUCUUGAUGGUUGAGAGAGGAAAUCUGUCACACGAGGCGUUUUUAAGAAAUGCUAGAAACAGUGAAGAAACUUUGAGGAAAGAAGCAAUCGAAAGAACUGAUCUUAGUCAUCUUAUGGGCACCUCAAAGUUGAUUUCCAUAGAGCCAACUCAUGGUACGGUCUACCAGGUCGAGUCAACCGGCGCUGUUGUCAGCUUGAAUUCUGCAGUCGGCCUUGUUCAUUUCUACUGCUCUCAGCUACCUAGCGACAGAUACUCGAUACUUCGUCCGGAGUUUAUUAUGGAGCGGCAUGAGAAGCCAGGUGGCGGGCCAACUGAAUACUCCUGCAGGCUUCAACUUCCCUGUAAUGCUCCUUUUGAAAGGCUUGAGGGACCUGUAUGCAGUUCAAUGCGAAUCGCACAACAGGCGGUUUGCUUAGCUGCUUGCAAGAAGCUUCAUGAAAUGGGAGCAUUUACCGACAUGCUAUUGCCAGAUAAGGGGAGUGGGGGAGAAGCUGAGAAAGCUGAUGAAAAUGAUGAAGGCCAACCACUUCCAGGAACUGCUAGGCAUAGGGAAUUUUAUCCAGAAGGUGUAGCUAAAGUCCUACAGGGCGAUUGGAUAUUAUCUGGAAGAGAUGAAUAUGAUAACUCUGAAUUGGUUCUGGUUCGUCUGUAUAUGUAUGUUGUGAAAUGUGUUAAUGUGGGGUCCUCAAAAGAUCCAUUUUUGACUCAAGUUUCAGAGUUCGCUGUGCUUUUUGGUAAUCAACUGGAUGCAGAGGUGUUAUCGAUGUCAACGGAGCUAUUUAUCGCACGAACAGUGACAACUAAGGCAUCUCUUGUCUUUCGGGGGUGUAUGGAGCUUAAUAAAACUCAGUUGGAUUCAUUGAAGAGUUUUCAUGUAAGACUAAUGAGCAUUGUACUGGAUGUGGAUGUUGAACCAUCGACGACUCCCUGGGAUCCAGCGAAAGCAUAUUUAUUUGUGCCUGUUUCUGCUGACAAGAUUGAUUGGGAUACUGUAGAAAAUAUUAUAAAAACGCCCGCAUGGAACAACCCACUUCAGAAAGCUAGACCCGAUGUCUACCUCGGAACAAAUGAAAGGACGCUUGGUGGGGACCGCAGGGAAUACGGGUAUGGUAAACUACGUCAUGGAAUGGGUGGAAUGAAAUCACAUCCGACUUAUGGUGUUAGAGGAGCUGUAGCACAGUUUGAUGUUGUCAAAGCAUCUGGAUUGGUUCCUCCUGUGACGCGAUCAUACAUUAGUAAUAAUAAUAUUAAUGGGGAUUGGGAUUUGACACAAGGGAAAGUCAUGAUGGCUGAUUCUUGUACCAAUGCACAGGAUCUUGUUGGAAGAAUUGUAACUGCUGCUCAUUCUGGGAAAAGGUUUUAUGUUGAUUCUGUAAGAUAUGAUAUGACAGCAGAAAAUUCUUUUCCUAGGAAAGAAGGCUAUCUUGGUCCGCUUGAGUAUACUUCAUAUGCUGAUUACUACAAGCAAAAGUAUGGAGUGGAACUGAUGUAUAAGAAGCAGCCCCUGAUAAGAGGGCGUGGGGUCUCUUAUUGCAAAAAUCUCCUCUCGCCUCGGUUUGAACAUUCGGAAGGUCAUGAAGGGGAAUCGGAAGAGACGCCGGAUAAAACAUAUUAUGUGUUCCUCCCUCCGGAGUUAUGUUUUGUACAUCCUCUGUCCGGAUCAUUAGUUCGUGGUGCACAAAGGUUGCCAUCAAUAAUGCGCAGGGUUGAAAGUAUGCUGCUUGCUGUUGAGCUCAAGAAUGUUAUCAGUUAUCCGGUUCCUGCAUUUAAGAUCUUGGAAGCUUUGACUGCAGCUUCAUGCCAGGAGACUUUCUGCUACGAAAGAGCAGAGCUGUUGGGAGACGCGUAUCUGAAAUGGGUUGUGAGUCGUUAUCUGUUUCUGAAACAUCCACAGAAGCAUGAAGGUCAGCUGACGAGGAUGAGACAGCAGAUGGUGAGCAACAUGGUGUUGUACCAUUACGCCCUUACAAAAGGACUUCAGUCGUAUAUCCAAGCGGAUCGCUUUGCUCCAUCUAGAUGGGCUGCCCCUGGGGUGCUCCCUGUUUUUGAUGAGGACAUUAAAGAAACAUCUGAGCAUGAAGACAUUAAAGAUGAUGUAGAUGAUGAUGAUCUGGAGGAUGGUGAGCUUGAGGAGGAGGAGGAGGGGGAUUCAAGCUCUUACCGGGUGUUAUCCAGUAAGACGCUGGCGGAUGUGGUGGAAGCAUUGAUCGGGGUUUACUACGUUGAAGGCGGAAAACAAGCUGCAAAUCACUUGAUGAAGUGGAUUGGGAUCGAGGUGGAAUUCGAUUGGAGUGAGGUAGGGUGGUGUACAAGGCCUAGUAAUGUUCCGGAUAGCAUACUGAGGAGUGUUGACUUUGAGGGGUUGGAGGGGGCGUUGAACAUAAAGUUUAAUGAUAAAGGUCUUCUGAUUGAAGCCAUUACUCAUGCUUCCAGGCCGUCUUCUGGGGUCUCCUGUUACCAGCGCUUGGAGUUUGUUGGAGAUGCGGUGCUGGAUCAUCUCAUUACAAAGCAUUUGUUUUUUAUGUACACGGAUCUGCCACCUGGACGCUUAACCGAUUUGCGAGCUGCUGCUGUUAAUAACGAGAAUUUUGCACGUGUUGCUGUUAAACAUAACCUCCAUCUGCACCUCAGGCAUGGUUCAAGUGCACUCGAAAAACAGAUACGGGAUUUUGUGAAGGAGGUGGAAAGCGAAGUGUCAAAGCCAGGGUUCAACUCGUUUGGUCUGGGAGAUUGCAAAGCUCCAAAAGUGCUUGGCGACAUUAUUGAAUCUAUUGCUGGUGCCAUCUUCUUGGACAGCGAGCGGGACACGUCAGCUGUAUGGAAGGUGUUCCAACCUCUGUUGCAACCAAUGGUGACUCCGGAAACACUCCCGAUGCAUCCGGUGCGUGAACUACAAGAACGUUGCCAGCAGCAGGCUGAAGGGCUGGAGUACAAGGCGACCAGGAAUGGCAACGUGGCUACGGUUCAGGUCUUGAUUGAUGGUGUGGAGGUUGGUGUCGCUCAAAAUCCCCAAAAGAAAAUGGCACAAAAGUUGGCUGCUCGCAAUGCUCUUGCUGCUCUCAAAACAAAACAGGAAGCCAAGGACAAGGAGGAGCAGGAGCAGGAGGACAACCAGUCAGCAGCACCAAAUGGAAACAACAAGAAGAAUGCCACUCAGACUUUCACCAGACAGACCUUGAAUGACAUUUGUUUGCGCAGGAAUUGGCCAAUGCCAUUGUACAGGUGUGUGAGUGAAGGUGGGCCCGCACAUGCAAAACGCUUUAUUUUUGCUGUAAGGGUCAAUACCUGUGAUAAAGGCUGGACCGAUGAAUGCAUUGGAGAACCUAUGCCAAGUGUCAAGAAAGCUAAAGAUUCUGCUGCUGUUUUGCUCUUGGACCUUUUAAAUAGGUGGUAUGCAUCAUCAUGAUCUUCUUCUUCUUCUUCUUCUUCUUCUUCUUCUUCUUUUCCAGUUCAGUAUGUUCCUGUUUCUUGUCUUGCCAAACCAAACCAAACCAAACAAACUACUGUUUUCUUUUCUUUUGGGAGAGUUAAAUAAUAUUAUUUAAUUGACAACCUCACCUCAGGUAAUUCAUAUCAA